GACAUAUAAAACGGGGCGAGGGGUGAGACUAUUCAAAGAGACACAAGACCGCGAAAAGGAACUUUAAAAACCACCUGGUCACUUUGGGAGAUUUGACUGGAGGCAUUUCAGGACCCCGAUCAGCGCGCGGAUCACAUCACCAUCGCACAUGUGUAAAGCAAUGCUCGUGAGGAACGGCUCUCAGAUUUUGCUCUUCAUAACUCUCUCCAGUGUUUUAUAUGCCCGGACCUUAAGUUUACCCUUCGCCUCCAUGAGAGAAACAAGACACGCAGACGGGCUCUUCACAAGCGGAUACAGUAAACUUCUCGGACAGUUAUCUGCCAGACGGUACCUGGAGUCAUUGAUUGGAAAGCGAGUCAGUGAUGAUUUGCUGGAAGACCAGGCGCCGAUGAAGCGUCAUUCAGACGCAAUAUUCACAGAUAACUACAGCCGCUUUCGCAAGCAGAUGGCGGUGAAGAAAUAUCUGAACUCUGUCCUAACAGGGAAGAGAAGUCAAGAAGACCCACCCAGCAUGCAGGAGGAAUCGGCUGGCGGAGAGACCUCGUAUCGGGAGAGCUACGAUGACGUCACUGUAGACCGACUUCUGAAUCAUAUACCGUUGCCGCUCUGAGGUGGGUUUGAAGGCAAGAAAACAACUCUCCUUGACCAUCAUAGGUUUUCCAUUUACACAGUCUAGUAUAGGACAUCAGCAUACUACUAAAACAACGUGUUGAAGAAAAAGAAAAAGUAAAUGUUUGCACUGUACAUAGAAAUUAAACUUUGAUGAGAGAUGUUAGCUUUAAGAUGUACAUAGUGUGCUUUGGCCUUGGAACCGACACGUUUGCUUUGACAUGUUUCCUGUAAAUUGUAGAUCAAUAAAUGCAUUGAAACAA